AUGCCGCCUCCUCAGUUGACACAAAAGGUCGAGUCCAUCCAGGGUGUUCGGCUCGCCGAUGCUUCGUUCGCGUUGUCGAACAUCCAGGUGCAUCACCCGCCAGACUCACCAUGUGGCGUCAUUGGACCGAUCACCCCGCACCACCUCAUCAACGCGGAAACAGAGCAAGAUGACACCCGUCCACUGGCCUUGCCCGCCCUCACCCAUCCGCACAUUCACUUGGACAAGGCCUUUGUGAAUAGUGUCAGCCAAUAUGCACACCUCCGUCCGCAAAAAGGUGGGUUUCAGGAGGCUCUGUCCAAGACCGCGGAGGCCAAGCGGCAGUUCACGCGGGCCGACGUGCUUCAACGGGGCGAAUGGCUCUUGGCAGAAUCGGUAGCCGCGGGGGUCACAGCCAUGAGGGCCUUUGUCGAGGUGGACCAGACGGUCCAGCAUGUUUGUUUGGAGGCGGCGGUCCAGCUGCAAGAUCAGUGGAAGGAGGUCUGCGAAGUCCAGAUCGUCUGUUUCGCGCAGGACCCGAUCUACUCUACGGGCCACGGCGCGGAAAAUCGGUCCUGGAUGGAGCGAGCGCUGGAGCAACAUCCUCAGGUGGAGGUAAUCGGGUCCACCCCAUACGUGGAAGAGACGAUCGAAGCCGCAAAACAAAACAUUGAUUGGGCGGUCGACAGGGCCCUGCAGUUGGGAAAACAUCUUGAUUUCCACCUGGAUUACAAUCUAGACUACGGCAAGGAGGCGUUGGUGUGGUACGUGUUGGACACACUACGCCAGCGUGGCUGGACCUCGUCGUCGACUACAAAGCGCGUCAUGCUGGGUCACUGCACGCGGCUCACCCUCUUCACCAACGAGGAAUGGGGCCACAUCGCGCAGAUCAUCAGAGAAAACGAUCUGGCUGUCAGCUUUGUCGGGUUGCCCACGAGUGAUCUCUAUAUGGCUGCACCGGCCGAGGAAGGAGAUCCUCAACAUCGCCCCCGCGGCACGCUGCAAGUGCCAGAGAUGAUCCGAAAGCAUGGGUUGGAUGCCGUGAUCGGCGUCAACAACGUGGGCAAUGCAUUCACCCCCUGGGGGUCGCUCGAUCCCUUGGUACUGGCCUGCUUGGGUGUGGGUAUCUACCAAGCGGGUACCCAGGACGAUGCAGCGCUGUUGUACGAGUGCGUCUCCACGCGCGCUCGCGCCGCAAUUGGACUUUCACCCCCGCGUCAGGGCAUCGGUCUUUGCGAAGGAGCGCAGGCUGAUUUGGUAGUGUUUCACCAGCAGGAUCUGACUGGAUGUGGUACGCUCCGUCCUCGCAGAACGGUGGCCGAGCUGGUGUGGGACCCUCCGGCCUGUGUGAGCCGCGAUCUCGUGGUCCGCGGUCGUCUCAAGCGCUCCCAGCGCCUCGAUAUGCGAGGCACAUCCAUCUAUUCCCUGCAGGACAGCUCGCACUAG